AUGGAGAAGACAAGCCACCACAGUAGCAAACGCGCCGCCGUGAAGAAGAGCGUAAAAAAGGCGCCAAAGAAGGAGUGGGAUGAUUGGAUUGCCGAUCUAAGAGAGUACAAGAGCCAACAUGGGACCGUCAAUGUGCCGGCACGGUGCAAGGAGCAUCCAUCACUCUCCACGUGGGUGGCGAAUUUGCGACGGCGCAAGACAUUGACCGACGAGCAGCGAGCGCAAUUGACCCAGUUGGGAUUUAUGUGGAAAUGUGCGGGUCGAGGUCGUUUGUCGAAAGAUUGGGACGUCAUGUUUGAGCGCUUGCUGGAAUACAAGAAACAAAAUGGAAAUUGCAUGGUGCCGCAAAAUCGAGAAAAAUAUCCGCAUCUUUCGUUGUGGGUCAAGAACCAACGAGCCGAUUAUCACAAGGGAACGUUGGAUGAAGGACGUCAAGAACGACUCGAGGACGUGGGGUUUGUGUGGCGCGUUCGUCCCAAUUCCAAUACUCAUGCCACCCGAAAAGAUACGCUGUGGCAAAAGCGCUACGAGGAAUUGAUGCAAUUCCAAAAACGACAGGGACAUUGUCGAGUUCCACUGAGCUACAAAGAAAAUACAUCACUUGCCGGCUGGGUCAACAAUCAACGCUCGCUCUUUGCCACGGGGCUCAUUCGAAAGGAACGACGGGAAAAAUUGGAAAAGAUUGGCUUUCAUUGGAACCCAUCGGGUCGCCCCAGUGCCAUGAAAAAGGCAGAACCCAAACGAUAG